AUGGACAAGAACGAUAAGAAAAAAGUUUCAGUUGGAGAAUCGGUCGUGCCUGAUGGUGGAUGGGGAUGGGUCAUUGUCUUUUCAUCAUUCUUGAUCCAUUUCAUUAUGGAUGGGAUAACAUAUUCAAUGGGUCAAGUGUUCUUAGAACCCAUGCGAACUAAACUUUCACUCGAUCGAGCUUCUGUAUCAAGUAUUUUUAGUAUUUUGCCAGCUAUCACUCUUGGCGCAGGUCUUGGUUUUGCACUUAUGUACUUACCAGCCAUUGUUUCUGUCGGAUUGUAUUUCGAACAAAAACGUACAUUUGCCAUGGGCAUCGCUCUUCCUCUACCACAAGAACCUAGCGAACAACGACGACUAGAACGAAAACUACGUAAAGAAGUCGAACAAAAACAAAACGAGCAACUCUUAAAUUUGCAAAAUGGAUCUGCAGCAUCGAACAAUAAUACUGCCAAAGUUGUCACCAUUGAAAAAGCAUCAAGAAAAUCAUUCUUUAAUCAAAUAAUCGAACAAAUCGAUCUCAAUCUACUCAAAAAUCCUAAAUUUACACUAUUUACUGUAUCGAAUUUCUUAGCAAGUCUUGGCUUCAAUGUAAUAUACAAUUAUGCUGAUGAUCUUGCAAAUGAUUCAAAUGUCAUAAAAGAUCAACGAACAUAUAUUGUUAUGUCAAUUGGUUUGUCCAACAUUUUCGGUCGUUUCAUCGUUGGCUAUUUAGGUGAUCGAAAAUCGAUGAAUCGACUUUUUUUAUUCAUUAUAACAUUGAUUAUUUCCGGUGUUGCUACCAUAGUAGCUCCAUUAUGUGGCUCUUCUGUUUUUCCUCAUAUAGGCUAUGCAUCCGUUUUUGGUUUCUUUUCGGGCGGCUAUGUUACUUUAACGGCAAUCGUUCUUGCUGAUAUAGUCGGCAUUAAUAAAUUAUCGGAUGCAUUCGGUGUUCUUUUACUUUUUGUUGGCAUUGCAACUGCUAUUGGAACACCUAUUGUUGGAGGAAUGCGAGAUGCAUUUGCUCACUUUUCGCGACCUUUUCUAUGGCCUUAUCUUAUUUUUGGCAGUUGUACUGUUGUUAGUGGUAUUCUACUAUUUGCCAUUCCAUUUUUACAACCAAAAAAACCUAGUGAUGGUCAAACGGAGAUAGGUUGUGAUGUUUUCUACUCGGAAAAAGAUCUAUCGUCUCAAGAACAACAGCAAAAAGUUUAA